CGAGGAUAUGAGAUGCUCAGCUCUAUCAACUGUUCGAUGAGCGACUACACACAAAAGGGAUAAGGGCGUUUUUGGUUCUCUUUUUUUUUUAGCGCAACGCGCUGUUUUCCAUUUUCUCCCUGUGCAUCUUUGUGAUGAUCAUGGGUCUGGGAGGGCAUCUGCUGGCGUUUCCGUUUUCAAGACUUCUACGGAAGCUCUCGACGAGUUUUCCCCCAACUCGUCUUUUCGACAACAUUCCUCUUACACUGUUCUGGCCCUGCAAACAUGCAAUACUCCCCCUUGUAUAUUUUCCUUUUCUCUUCUUUUCGCAUCAUCUCCUGCUGCAAAGCAAACCCUUUUAUAACUGUAACGGGCUAGUGGCAACCCGAUACGGUGUCAGUUGUUCGUUUGUGUGUCUGGUCGCUGAUACCACUGAUGCGCCACACUUAAUGUGUACUUCACUCUUGAGAACUGGGGAGGGAGAGGUGCAGAGUUGUAAAUAGCCCUUGUUUAUUACGUAGAACUGCAAUUGUGUCUGCAUUGGAGGCAUCAUUACAGAUGCAGGCCAGGAGAAGCUGGACGUAGGAAGUAGGGGGGGGGGAAU